AUGGAGAGAAAACUAGAAUUCCAACAAGAGAGCUGUUGGGGAUUCUUGGACUUAGAGAAGGCGUAUGACAAAAUUAAUAGAGGAAUGAUACCACCAGUACUGAGAUUGUACAACGUCCCAGAAGAACUGAUAAACAUGGUGAUGGCGUUGUACAGAUCACCAAGUACACAAGUAAGAACAUGCUUUGGUAAAACAAAAGCAUUUGCAGUAAAUGUAGGCUUACAUCAGGGUUCAGCCCUUAGUCCACUGCUGUUCAUAAUAAUGUUGGACUACAUCAGUAAGCAGUGCCCGAUGGAGAGAGGGCAUAAGGUGAUUUAUGCUGAUGACAUCGCAUUGGGGGCUAAUAAGUCAGAGGAAUUACAACAAGCAGUAGACAUGUGGGACAACCAACUGGCAGUACAUGGUAUGAGGAUGAGCAAGAAGAAAACGGAAGUACUGGAAGUCUCAAGAGGGCAACCAGUGCCAAGGCUGGAGAUUACUGUGGAUGGACAGCAACUGAAACAAACAACAGCCUUCAAGUACCUAGGAAGCUGGCAACAUGAGAGUGGAGAUUUGGACAGAGAGAUUACAGGCAAGGUUGCAGGGUACAGGGAAUACAUGGAGGAAUGUUUGCAUUGUUCCUAA